CCCGCUGCGCGCAGGAGCGUUGGGCCCCGGGUGUUCUCGCGCUGCGCUGAGAGCUGCACCGCGCCGCCGCCACCGCCGCCAUGAGUGAGGCAGAGGUGAACCCCAAAGCUUAUCCACUGGCUGACGCGCAGCUCACCAAGACGCUGCUGGACCUCGUGCAACAGUCCUGCAACUACAAGCAGCUACGCAAAGGAGCCAAUGAAGCCACCAAAACACUGAACCGAGGAAUAGCAGAGUUCAUUGUGAUGGCUGCCGAUGCUGAACCCUUGGAGAUCAUCCUGCACCUCCCUCUUCUCUGCGAGGACAAGAACGUUCCUUAUGUGUUCGUGCGCUCCAAGCAGGCCUUGGGCCGGGCGUGUGGGGUUUCCCGGCCUGUCAUCGCCUGCUCCAUCACUAUCAAGGAGGGAUCGCAGCUAAAGCCUCAGAUCCAGUCUGUACAGCAAGCUAUAGAGAGACUGUUGGUCUGAGCACCUAGGAGUUUGAGUGUGUGUGGAAUGGGUAAUGGUGAAGUCAGGGGGGAUUCAUGUCUAGCUUUAGUUGAUGACGUUAUAGUUUUGAUAUCAGUGUUCCAUUUAAAAAAUCACGUUUUUGUUUAAUAGUGGCUUAAUUCUUAAAGUGUCUCUGCCUCUUCUCCCCUCCCUUUUUCUAUUAUUCCACUCCAACACCCAUUCUUGUAUUACUUCUUGAAAAGUGAUAGUACAACUGUAUUUACUGCUUGACGUUUAAAAGAAAAAAAAUCCCUGCCUAUCUCCACGUCUGUCUGCUCAGGACUUUUGUAACCUACCCACUAGCUUCCUAAUACUUCAGCCUCUAACAGGUGUAUCUCUCUGUUUCAGAAUGGUUUACUCUAUGGGGGAAUAAGGUGUGUUGGUUCUGCAGCACAUCACGUGUAUUUGGGCUGCGGGAGUUGUUGCUUUGAAGUGAAGCAGCAAAGACCAAGCGUAGGACUGUGGCUACUGUGUAGCAGCUGGUAGAGCCAGGAUCAGUACACAUAGCACAACCCUCCCUUCAGAUCAGGCAGGAGACUUCUCUAAGAGGUUAUGGGGAGCUGAAAUUGUAUGGCAGUGCGCAAGGGGAAAUCUCUAAUUUCACUUAUUUUUAAAUGCUGAUUUUUUUUUAAAGAAAAUAAAAUUACUGACAAAUCUAAA